CAUGUGCCGUCUCAUCGUUCAUGUUGACGGCUAGGCGUAUAGAGGUCACCACCAUUUGAUGGCCGUGCCUGGGAGCGUCGUCGUACAUAUAGUUCGGCCAAGAUGGAUGUGUUUAUGAAGGGUUUGUCUAAAGCAAAGGAGGGGAUGGCUGUGGCCGCAGAAAAGACCAAGGAAGGAGUUGCAGUGGCGGCGGAAAAGACCAAGGAAGGAGUCAUGUUUGUAGGUACCAAGGCCAAAGACAGCGUGGGCACAGUGGCUGAGAAGACCACCGGAGCGAUGGGGAAUAUCGUUGCUGCCACUGGUCUGGUGAAGAAGGACGAAUUCCCAACUGACAUGAACCCUGAGGAGUACGGGCAGGAGGCCAUGGAAGGCCAAGGAGAGGCAAUGCUGGAGCCAGAAGGGGAGGCAUAUGAUGAGUCCCAGCAGGAGAGCCAGGACUACGAGCCGGAGGCAUAAAUGCAAGAGUCCAAACCAUCAUCCAACCAGCAGCACAAUAACAUUUCUAAUAAUAAAAGGACAAAUGCUGAAACUAUUACAAUUAUAUCCCUGUUGCAAAAAAAAAAAAUCCAACAAAAAAGACAAGCAUUCCCAGUGAAAAAUGUUCUUCCUUCAAGACAAAUCUUUUAAUAUUAUUAUAUAUUGUAAAUGUCAUGUUAUUAAUGUAAUGUGUUGGGUGUAGGUAUUUAUUGAAAUGUAGGAUUCGUCCUCUCGGUCUCAUUUCCUUGAUUCCCUCCCAAUGAAAUGAGACCAGAGCCAGGACUUGUGACUUUGUACUCGUGCGUAUCUGUAUCUAGAAAUGUGCAAUAGAUGUUCAUCAACUUCCAAUGAGACAUUGGGAGUGAAAAAAUAACAAUAAAUGAGUAAAUAUGACCUGUUACAAGCAGAUAUGAGAACAA